AUGGUAAAUAGCCCCAAACGAAAUUCAAAUAAUAAUCAUUCUAAUAACAAAAACCGCCCAUAUUACAAUUCAGUACUAUAUUCUAAUACUAAUAUUCCUCCAGCUUAUAUAACACAAUCUGAAUCAAACGUAAGCAACUUAGAAGAUAGCUCAAUAAUGUCAUCUAAAAGCUUAUUAGAAUUAAUUAAUAGUAAAGUUCAUGUAAGAAGUUUACCCACCACAAUAAAAGGUGGCCAAAAAUUGUACUAUCGUUCUCAAAAACUUGUUGCAAAUAAACUCGGUACAUCUCAUAGCUGGAUUAAUGAAUUCCCUCAUUUUAAUGAAUUGCAUAACAUAGCAUACGAUCCACAUGAAGAAAGUAAGUUAAAGAAGCUCAAGAAAGUUGAGGAUUAUAUUUCAAAGAUUACUUUAGAAUAUAAUAAGAUUAAUUCUAGUAGCUCAAUUAUAUUAAAUGAAAAACUAGAUGAUCUUUAUCAGGAAUGGAUACAAAGGCAUGGUUCUAUACCCACUUUACCGAAUUCAAGCAAAAAGAGGAAGAAAAGUCAGCUCCAAACGAAUGCUAGUGUUGAUUCAAAAACAAAAUCAACAUCCGAAUCAUCUAUGACUCCAGCAUCUAAAGCAAAACUAGAAAAAGAAGAGAGAGAAUUAAAAGAAUUAAAGGCAUUAAAACAACGUUAUGAUACUGAGGUACGUGAAAUUGUUGAAGGUCAUAUACCGACUGUAUAUGCAGCUCCAGGUAAUCCUAAUUUUCAAUAUCUUGCUAAUUCAAUUAGGCUGUUGUCACUAAAUAGAACAAUUUGUUUUUCCAUAGAUGUUGAAGCCUAUGAAUUCAAUAAUAAUAUUGUAACGGAAGUUGGUAUAUCAAUAUAUGACCCAAGAGAAAACCAGGAUAAUUUAGUUCCAAUGACUAGAAAUUACCACUUGAUCGUAUCAGAAUCAUUAGUAAUGAGAAAUAAAAAAUUUGUCUGUGAUUUUAAAGAUUGUUAUUUAAUGGGAGAAAGUAUUGUAUUAUCAUUGGAUCAAUGUGUUGAAUUCAUUCAAUCAUUAAUUAAUUAUUAUAUGAGGCCAGCUACUGAAGAAGAUUCAACAUGGUGCAGAGCCUUUGUUGGCCAUAAUGUAAAGGGGGAUAUUAACUGGUUACAAACUAUGGGCAUUCAAUUGCCGAAUAAUGGUGUUAACACAGAUGCUAAUAAGAGUACUACUAAUAAGAAUAGUGCUACUAAGGAAGGUUCUACUAGUAGUCAUGAAAAUCAAAGUUAUGAUAGUGUUCUGGAUUAUACUUUGGAUCAUUUUAAUCCAAAUACAGCUAGUACCAAUAAGAAAAAUUAUCCUAUAUUUAUGUUAGAUACCGAAAAGUUAUAUCGAUGCUGUUAUGGGAAUUUUGGUUGUAAUUUAGGCAGAAUACUAAGAUUAUUUGAAUUACCGCAUGCAUAUUUACAUAAUGCAGGUAAUGAUUCAUAUUAUACAUUGCGGUUGUUGUUACAUAUGUGUGAUAUAAAUUUCAGACUUCAAGGCAAAUUAGAUGAACUCACAUUAAUGGCUCAUAAGAUCCGUGAAUGGAUUGCAAGGGAAAAGUACGAACCCAAAGUUUUACCAAUGUCGUAUGCGAUUUCAGUUUUUGAAGCUAAUUCAAAAAACAAGACUAAUGGUAAGGCUCAAGACAACUUAAAACGUCGUAGAAAGAAGAUUUGGUACCACAAACAGUAA